AGCCACAAUCCACAUUGAAAGCUUGCGACAUGCCGCUGCGGCGCUCAGUUGCGCGCCAACUCUCAAGUGAGUUUGUUGUUGUCGCAUUGAGUUCCCGUAUUCUCGAGUCUCCUUCCGUGUGUAUACCGAGUGCGAGAGACAACGAGCGUACAUAGGAAUGUACGGCUGUGCGCGUAGGCGUCUAUAAGACUGAACGAACGCGCGUUGACGCGGAGUCUGCAGACAACCUCGUCAAGACGGGAACGUGUUACCGUUGUCCUCGAAAUCUCGGAAUAUAUAAUCCGGGGAUCAUUAAGUAAGUAUUUGGAACAGUGUCAAAAACCACGACGCGCGCGCUUUUGAGUAAAACUAGAUCCGUUUGUUGUUUGUUGUCCACGGCGUGGCGCGGUGGUGACGGCGUGACGGCGAUAAAUAUUCACCGGAAAGUAAUAAAUACUCUCCUCAUCUCCUACCGGCUCGUCUUAGACGACGUAGUACGCGCUACGACGGCCGAAGGAGAGGGAGAGAUAACUAAAUAGAACUGAGACGGACACAAAGACGUUUCUGCGUACAAACGGGCGAACGUAUACAGGUGGUCGCGGUGAAGUCGCGAAGUAAGGAUUCCCAUUUGUGAUGUGCGAGUGAGCGAUGGAGUCACCAGUCAUGUACGAUUCGGCGGCCCAUCAGGCCCAGGCCCAGGGCACGGCUGAUUUGAAGAAGUCCCAGGUGCUCAACAACAAUACUAGCAACCAGAACAAUAACGCUGCGGCGAACAACAACAAUUCCGCGCUGCAGAUCAACCACAAUCACAACCAUCAGCAGCAAAAUAGCGCGGUGGUGAAACAGGUCUCCGGCAGCAAGGCGAGCUUACAUCAGCAAUACGCCGAGCAUUGCGCCGCUGCUGGCGAGCUUACUGAUCUCAACGCUCCAGAAAUUUCGCUGGAUCUUCAAAAUUUGAUCGACGACAAUCAAUUCAGCGAUAAUAUACUGGAUAUGCUUGGUCCCAACAAUAACGCUAUGAAACAUGUGAGGACGGGCGGUUAUCCCCGCACGACGCUCGCCUACAUGCCGCAACCGGUGCACAGCGGAGCGACCUAUCACCAGAGCAGCAAUAGCUGCAGCGAUAGUAACAGCUCGAGUUCAGAGUCACCUAGCAUCAAGGAAGAACCAUUGGACCCGGCGGACUAUAGACGUCACUGCCCUCAGUAUCCACCCACCGGUUACAGCCCGGUGACGAAUAAUCCAUUCGCCAAUGGUGGCCAGACCUUCACCACUUUGACGCCGUCGACGAUACCAGGCGGUCAUCCAGGUGCGCCGGUUCAUCAGCCGCCACCGCGGGGUGGCCCCAUGAAGGGGCCGGUAAUGGCCCAUCAGCAUCACACCAAUGCGAACGUCGCCAGAAAACAAACCAAGGCUAUCGACAAGGCAAGUGACGAGUACAGGCGACGGCGGGAGAGAAAUAACAUCGCCGUGAGGAAGAGUCGCGAAAAGGCGAAGGUGCGAUCGCGUGAAACCGAGGAGAAAGUCAAGCUACUGGUGAAAGAUAACGAUUUGCUGAAGAAACGGAUCGAGCUGCUCAACGAGGAGCUCAAUGUACUCAGGUCGCUCUUCAGCUCUGUCGGCGUUGUACCCGAGCAACUGCACCGCGAGAUCUCCAGGCACCUCGACCAGUUUCAGCAGCACGCGGUUGGACCUAUGUAGCAGCAGCAGCAGCAGCAACAGGCAGCAGCAACAGCAGCAACAGCAGCAGCAGCAGCAGCAGCAGCAGCAGCAGCAGCAGCAGCAGCAGCAGCAGUGUACGGACAUUGCCACGCAAUUCGAGAUGACAUUGUCUUCCGACGACAUCGUCGUCGACUCGCGUCCCUGGGCUAUCAGGCUGCUCCGAUUGUGAAACGAAGUCAGUCCGCAUCUUCCGCUUCCUCUUGCUUCUCCCCCGACUGUAGUAUCGCUGUAUAUCGCGUACACCUCCGAGGAGAAAUCGUCUUUCCUCCUUCAUCUUAUCCUCUCCCGUUUACUCAUCUAUCUUUUGCCUUCUCCUUUCAUCUUCUAUGUCGUCCUUUAUAUCUCUCACUCAGCUCAGAGUGCUCGAUACGAACACACGUGCAUCGUCGUUUGCGUUGAGAUCCACGAAGACGCGAACAUGGAGGAAGAAGGAGAGAGAAGGGGAGAGGAUUGGCAAGAUAGGAGGGCGAGCGAGAAGAGCAAGCUAUUCUAUGCUUUCGAUGACUGAAAAACGCGGUCGGCGUGGUUCACGCAAGAACUUCGCAUUUCGUUAGAAGUGGCUUUGCCCGCGGGACGUGCAUCCCUUUGCUUCAGAAUGCUAUUCGGACAUUAAGAAAGCGAAAGGGAGGCGAAUACCAAUAAAUAAAAGAGUAAAUCGUGAAGAAUCAAUCGCGUGAACCGCUAGCAAGCCGUCGUAUUACGAUAUCUCUCCAGAUAUAGAAGCUUAGAAUCGACGAAGAACGCGAGAAAGGCAAUCCAAUUUUUCUUCGUCGUUCGUAUUCUU